GGAAGCUGAAAGUGUCGACAUCCGCCAUUUUAGGAGUGCGUCGAAGCUGGCUAGGCUGUACAAAGCAGUUAGCUUGGCAACGGCCUACCGUGUCCUUUUAUUCUUUGCUACGUUGACUUUCCUCCCCUAAAUAAGUUCACACAGCUCGCGUUAUCAGCCAGUAUUUAACGAACGUGCACCACCACCGCCGUUUUACUCUGUUAUUUCCGAACGUCCUCGCAGAAAGAUGGCGGAAGGUGCCCCUUACUUCGAGCAUGACAACCGCACUGGACCGAGCAAUCGCAGUCGUAAAGGUCGCUCCAAUAAAGGUCGCUCUCGCGAACGCUUCCAAAGAGACCGCCAACGUGGCGGCCAUGGCGGUGGCGGCAGUGGAGGAAUCUUUGGGGGUCCAGGUCCGCGGUCCAGGCUUGAAGACACUGAUGGAGAUGUGACAAUGAACGACAGCAGUCAGAACAGAUUCACGCCCUAUGGAAGGAACUUUCGGAAUGACGGCCGAGACAGGCGACAUGGCAAAGAAGGAGGGGGCAGAGGCGGCUUCAGGGGAGACAGAGGUGGCGGGGGCAGAAACUGUGGCACCUGGUUCAAAGUGACCAUUCCUCAUGGAAAAAAAUAUGACAAGAAAUGGUUAUUGACGGCGCUUCAGAACAUUUGCUCUGUAACUUACACACCUGUUCAGUACCAUGUUGACCAUAGCCGAGCCCAUUUCUAUUUGGACAAUGCAACUGCAGCUAGCGCUCUGCAUAAAUGCUCUCACAAGAUCACGGACACAGAUGGUUACAAGGUGGAAGUGCAUGUCAAUCCCAGCAAUCCACCAAACUUCCUCUUGUCUGACCUAAAGCCAAAAGAUAUUGAGCAUUUAAAGCAAUGUAUGGCAAAACGUUUUGAUGGCUCACAGCAAGCUUUGGACUUGAACAACAUUCGGACAGACCCAGACCUGGUCUCUCAGAAUGUCGAAGUCAUCCUGAAUAGGAAGACAAAUAUGGAAGCUGUCAUCAAGAUUAUUGAAGAGAACAUUCCAGAGCUGACCAGCUUGAAUCUGAGCAACAACCGAAUCCAUAAACUGGAUGACCUAAGUGAAUUGGUUACAAAAGUCCCUAAUUUGAAGAGCCUCAAUCUUUCCCACAAUGAGUUGAAAUUCGACCGGGAUCUGGACAAAGUCAAAGGUCUGAAGCUGGUGGAGCUGUGGCUGGUCAGGAACCCAUUGUGUGACCUCUUCAAGGACCAGGCUUCGUAUAUUAGUGCUAUGCGGCAGAGGUUUCCCCGCCUGCUUAAACUUGAUGGUAAUGACCUUCCUCCGCCCAUCGGAUUUGAUGUGGAAACACCCACCGCUAUUCCUCCCUGCAAGGGAAGCCAUUUCGGCUCAGAUGAAAUCAAGGGCCUCAUCCUUCGAUUCUUGCAACAGUACUACAAUAUAUAUGACUCUGGGGACAGACAGCCUCUCUUGGAUGCUUACCAUGACGGCGCGUCGUUGUCCAUCACAACACCUUUCUCUAAUCAAAACCCAUCCAGGUCGAGUCUUGGAGAGUACCACAAAGACAGUCGAAACCUGAAGCGGGUCAAAGACUCCACGAUCCGCUUCAGGCUACUGAAGCACACGCGUCUCAAUGUGGUGGCUUUCAUUAACGAGCUGCCCAAAACUCAGCAUGACAUCGCCUCUUUUACCAUCGAUGUCAAUACCUACACUAACACGCUACUGUCAUUCACCGUGAGCGGAGUCUUCAAAGAAGUUGCUGUCAAUGGAAAAUCCCGAGACUCCACCCUGGCCUUCUCUCGAGUUUUCAUCACGGUCCCUGCAGGAAAUUCUGGUCUGUGCAUUGUCAACGACCAGCUCUUCAUCCGAAUGGCCACAACAGAAGAGAUCCGCAAGGCCUUCGUGGCGCCCGCUCCGACACCAUCUUCCAGCCCGGUGCCCACUCUCACUGCACCUCAGCAGGAGAUGCUAACGGCCUUCUCGCAGAAAUCAGGCAUGAAUCUGGAAUGGUCCCAAAAGUGUUUACAAGACAAUGAGUGGGACUUUAACAAAGCGGCACAAAUCUUCACACGGUUACAGACGGAAGGAAAAAUCCCUGAUGUUGCAUUCAUCAAAUAAAUCAUUGAUUCAUACCUCCUGUAAAAAUU